UGAGUCUUAACAAAGAAUUCAUAAUCCAUGAGAUACAUUUCAGGAACGACGCGUUGACUUUGUGGGCAGCAACUACACUUUUAAUCCGGCUUACUUUACGAGUUUUUCUAUCACAAUUGUGAAUAAAUCCAUAAGCAUGGACAUGGUAUUGCUGAAGCCCAUUCUGCGUGGCUUCAAGGUGCACAUCGACUAUCAGCUGCGCAUGGCCAAUGCCAAGAGCUAUCAGUCGAUCUUUAGUCGCCACGUCGAUGUCUGUGCCAUGGUCAGUACUGUGAAGGAUGGUCUGCUCAAGAGCUGGUUCAAGAGCAUGGCCAGCCACGGCAACUUCAUGGCCAACUGUCCAGUUGAGGUGGGUCAUUACUAUCUGCACAACUGGCGCAUGGGAUCGUCGAUGAUGCAUCAGUUUCUCUACCCGGGGGAGUAUCGCAGUCGCGUCAACUUCUUCUAUGGCAAAUAUAAGACCAAGACCGAAGACCGUGUGCUCUCUAUUGUAAUGGAAUCGCUUAUAUCAAACUGAGACAGCAGGUGAAGAAUAAUAACAACUUCUUCUGCUUCACCUUUUGUAAACUUAAUAAAGGUUCAUAUCAGCGAACGGCUC